AUGAAGUUCUAUCCCAAAGCGCGAGAGCAGCGGCUUAGCAUCCACCACCCAUCUGUUCGGCCACGUCGAUUGGGUCUUUUAAAGGCAGCUGCAGUCAAUUUUCUAUUGCUCCAAAUUCUAUUCCUGGGUUUAUUUUGUUGGAUAUUCGGCGCUCUCUUCCAUCAGUCGGGACACAUUCACAACAUCAAUGUGUUGUUUGUUGACUAUGAUGGCGGCGCGAUAGGCGAUGCAGCCCGUGUCGCAUUUCAAAAACUCAAAGGACCCUUCUUUCCAACCUUUAUUGAGCGAUCUGCCUCCGUAUACCCUCAACCUGGAUUAAUUGAAAGUGCCGUCUGCGAGAUCAAAUAUUGGGGAGCCCUCUACAUCACAGCAAAUGCGUCGAAUGCAUUGAGUGCCGCAUUUACCGGUGGGUCGGCCGCCUCGUCAUACGAUAAGAACAAUGUUCUCAUCAUGGUGUGGAACGAAGUGCGUUACCCGACUGUCGUUGACUCGGCCCUUGCCGAUAGCAUGAAAUUGCUGUCGGAAACCGCACGUGUCGCGUACUCGCAGACUAACGCGAAAGAGGCGAUGAAGAGUGUCAACACUUCCGAUCCUACUGCGCUGGUAGCGUUCUACGAGCCAUGGAAAUUGGCCGACCACAAUGUUUUACCCACAGCACAAGGAUCCAGAGCUAUUUACAACACGCUAGUUCUCAUUUUGAUCAUGAACCAGGAUUUCUUCUACCUGGGUACAGUCAAUGGCUUAUAUACCCAAUUCAAACUCUACACCUCGGUGUCACCGCAUCGCAUCCUCAUCGCGCGUCAAUUCAUUUCUUUGGUCUACGCUCUCGUUGGGGCCAUGUGCACAGCUGGGGCAAUCUGGGCAUUCCGAAGUGGCUGGAAUGUCAACAGCAACCAAUUCGCGCUCACUUGGCUUGCAUUAUGGCUCUUUGCGCAUUUGAACUUCCUCGUACUAGACGUUUUUACCAUCUGGCUUCCGCCUCCUUACGUCCCGAUGGCGCUGAUAUCGUGGGUCAUCGUGAAUAUCACUUCCAUCAUUAUCCCAUUCGAACUGUCACCUGCUUUCUUUAAAGUGGGCUUCGCCUUACCCGCACAUUCUAUCUUCCAGGUUCUCAUCGAUAUCUGGUCCUCUGGCUGCAACCCCCAACUCUAUUUCGCGCUACCUGUGCUCUUUGUGUACGAAAUGCUUGGUAUUACCUUGAGCUCCAUUGGGGUUUAUAGAAGGGCUCAUUACGCGUGCAUCACACAAGACAAGGACGAAAAGGCUUUUCAAGAGCGGGUGACGGCCGCAUUACAGGAGCAGCAAGUGGCUCAAAUUGUCAGACGGGAGACAAUGCAUAAUAUCGAAGGAGGCGAAACAUUGGACACCGAGGAUGGGGAAACUGCGACAGCAACGGCAGAUCAAGUGGAGUUGAUCAACAUGAUCAGCCGUGAGAUUUCCCGGUCUACGGUCGACAGACCAGAUACAGGCCGAGGUAGCACCGGGCCAUCUUUUGCCUUGGCCUACAAAUAA